AUGAUAGAUUAUUAUUCAUAUGGCCUUAAUUUGAUGCAUUUCCUUGAACCUCGCAUUCAAUGUUUCUUUUUUUUACUACGACAAACUCGAUAAAAUUUAUGCUCAACGUGGGUUUUUAUUGACCAUUUAAUCAAUGCACCGUAACGUAACUUAAAACGUUAUACCAUUUGAUAAGGUGACAGUGACUGAUCUAUUAUCUAACACCUCCUUAUACAAAAAUAAAUGUGAAAAAAAUCUUCGCCGUGUAAUGAUGAUAAAAUAUGAUGAAUUAUUUGUGUGCAACUUCUUUUUCAAGUUUAUAAAGAACAAAUUUCGUUUUUCGUUUCUAAUUUGAAUUUAACUAAUUUACGCGUCUCGGGAUUGUUUUUGGUUAUUUACAUAGUAUAUUGCACGAGUUAUGGUUUAACUGAACAGGAUUUCAGAUGUUAUGCAUACACACAUAGUGGAUUUUAUACGUAUAGAACGAAAAAUGAAAUCUACAUCAGCUCGAAAAGCGUUGACAAUUAUUUUACUAGUUGCUUUGUUGUUCGUUUUAAUAGUUUUCUGUGUUGUUUAUAUUUGGAGCAUUAAGUCUUCAGACACUCAAAAGACAGUACCCAAGGAAAAGUAUAAAGAUACAACUAACACGGAUAUUACCACGGAGCAUAUCCAUUUGCAUAAUGACCAUACAGAAGCACCAGUAACAAAGUCUACGACAGAACAGUUAACAACAACGACGGCAACGACGACAAUGACGACAACGACUGAAUCAGGUCCUGGAUACAAAAUAAUGUUAAGCGGCCGUCGACAAGCGUCCAGUGGCAAGGUUCUGAUUGAACAUGAAGGUGAGACGAGUUUUGUUUGCAGUGAUGACUUUGAUAAUGCGGAUGCCAAAGUUGUCUGCCGAGAGCUUGGAUACAAGAAUGGUCGUUCAUAUAAUCUUAUGGAAUCUUUUCCGUAUAAUCGUUAUACAGAAAAUGAGCCAAUAUUGUCACAUCUGAACUGUGUUGGAAACGAGGCUAAGAUCAAGGACUGUGAUGGUUUCCGGUUGGGAAACGUCACUUCCUGCACGUGGUUUGCUGCGGUCCUAUGUUAUACCGACAAGCCUUAUGAGCUUCGCCUGGUGAACGGCAUAAUGCCUGAUUCUGGUAUGGUUGAGAUGAAAGUGGGUGGAGAAUGGGGAACAUUAUGUGCAAUAAGAAAUUUCGACGAUGACGUUGCAGAUAUUUUGUGUCGAAGUAUGAACUUUACGGGUGGAUUGGCGUUAGAUCGGGGAAUGCUUGGAGAAGUCAGGACAUCUAAAGUCUGGUUACCCUAUAUCUCAUGCAGUGAAGGAGCAGAGAUCAAACAGUCAAUAUUUGAGUGUAGUAUUAUUCUAAAUACUGAAAACAUUUUAGUUGAUCGUAUUGACCACAGAAACAAUAGGUACAUUAAUGAGUAUAUGGCGUGUUUGAGUAAACCGAACUCUUAUGUACCGGCCGUCCAUUGUCUCAUAUAACUGGCUUUAAAGAUUGAUGUUUUGUAGGCGUGAAAACAACCACGAGAAAAGAAAAUGGACAUACGAGAAAAGUCGUGUCUACAGCAUUCAAGUACUAACGUCUAACUCAUGAAAGAAAUUGCAAACUAGAACGGAAAUGAAGAGGGUUGGUUUUGAAAUUACCGCUAUUACACACAGCAAAUAUGGGGUGAAAUGUGUUAUCUUUAUUCGAUCUAAAAGACUUGCAAAUCAACUAUAUUCAGAAAAAUACAUUUGGUUGCAGUCAUUGCUUCUAGACGCUCACAUUUAAGUUUUGCUUCGCUUGCAUGAACAGUUAACGAGAUUCACCAAAUGCUGUAGUGCUAGUGGUUUGCAUCAGUAGUUGUCAGUCCUGGGAAAUAUUUUCAACAGUACUUCAGUUAAAUACUAAGUAAAUCAUUGAUGACAACAGGAUCACAAGUAACUCUACACCGCUUGUAUGUACUGUCUACGAAAAUAAACUUUGUCCUAUUUGCCAUGUGUAUUGCACAAAGCUCCAUAUCUAUUAUUUUAAACGAUACCAUUGUAGAAUAUGUAGUUUAAAAAUUUACAUAUGCAAAUUAUGUAUUGUAUUCAUCAAAUUUAAACAUCAAUCAUUUUUAAUUACCUUUUGAAUGUCAUUUUUUCCAUGACAAAUUGAUAGUUUGAUUGUGCACUUUAGAUGUUAAAAAUCAAACAUAUGUUCUCUGCUAUUACUGUAACAGUGAUUCAAUAAAUGUUCACCACAAAUACUAUUCAGGUAUUUGAACUUUAAAAGUUAAUGGAAUUGUCGCUUAUUACAUUACCAGGCUGGCAAGAUGUAAUGAUUGAUCAUCAAUAAAUCAAUAUAAUUCAAUAAAAUGAUGCUGCGUAAAAUUUCAGGUAUUUUAUUGAUACAAAGACAGAAUUCGAUCAGCUUCCCUUCAUAGGUCAUUUAACCUGUUGAGCUGUAGAUAAAGGCGCUGGCUUUACAAACAGAAAGCUUUAAAUGUUUUCGAUAUGUAGUAACCAAAAAACAUUAAAAUCUAACAUAUACAUUUCUGCAUUUGAAUUUUAUUUUGCUUUGAUAUUAAUGUACAUGUUAGAGUAAAGCUGACGGCAUUAUAUUUCCACUUGCCCUGAAAUUCAGUGUUUCGUCGUCAUGUAUUAUACCAAUGCAAGGCAAUGUAUCUAAUUUGAAAUUCACACCAUGCUGUAUGAUGAGUGCUUAUGCAUUCACUGCAAAUACUCGGCAUUACCUAAAUGGAGACUAAAACUAGUAUUUUAACACGAUGGUCAUUUUGAAAGUAUUUUGCAAAGACAUAGGUUGUAAGACAAGAACAAUUAUAUAAAUGUUUGGUUUUUUUGCGAAACUAUGUACUAAAAAGAUGGUUUUCUGUGGAGCAGUGAUCAGUCAUCAAAUCUUCGCGUGAAUAAAUUGGUCAACAGAGAUUCUAACACGACCAGCAAAUAACCUACAUACAUGUAGAGCAAAAUCUAUCUCGGAUUAUUCUGCAAUAACCCACGCGCGUGCAAUGACGUCAUCCGAUCCAGGUGCGCAGCACGGUCGUAAAAAGUAGUUACCAUUUUUUUUUAACACUGUUGAUACUAGUAUGUUGUGUUAGAAUCGAAAUAACAAGUUCCCAAGUGUGAUUUAUCGUAGAAUAACCCGAUUUUUUCGUUCUUAUGCGAAACAAUACAUCACUCAGGCCUACGGCCUUGUGAUAUAUUCUUACGCAUAAGAACUCAAAACACGGGUUAUUCUACGAUAAACGACACUUAGGAACUUAUUAUUUUAAAUAUAGAACAGCCAUCAGAUUUAUAUACCGGUGCAGCAGUAUGUUAAUUUAAAUAAAAAUUAUUCUUUGUCUGAAAAAUACGAACAUUAGCGUGCAUGUGUAAAUCAGAGAAUAGUAUUUAUUAUAUGCUUUCCUGCGGUUUUGUUAGUCCACAUGAAUGAUAUUAUCUUUGCAAAUAUGAUAACUUAGAUAACUGAG